GCCGGCGCCCAGGCCGGCCAGCCCGUUCGGCCGUGCGCCCAGGCCGCCGCCCCCUUGCGCCCAAGCUCCUCCUCUCGGGUAACCAUCAACGCAUAGGAGUAAAAGACUCUCGCGAGGGAGGCUGCGCGCGGGCGACGCUCAUUAUUUCUCUCUCUCUUGCACGCUCCCUCCCCCCUCUCCCGAUCAGCGCUCGAGCAGUGGCGCGACCUCCCAUCUGCAAGCAGCAGCAGGGCGUGCCGGGAUCUUUUCCCCGUUCCAUUUCUCCCAUCGGCCAGCUACAACUCGUCCUUACAUCCUCCGUCAUCAUCGGUCGCCAAUGUUCUCUUCUGGAUCUGGCUAAUAACAGUUUUUUUUGUUCCCAAAAGUUUGGGGGUUUCAACUGAAUUCACAUGUCCCACAUUAGAUACGCCCCUGGCGCCUGAAGCCCUGAUCCCUGAAUGGCCAGUGUGGGAUGCUUGCAAGAUUUACCAUGAGUGCUCUCAACACUGGAUUGCUGAAAGGCUUGAGGAGGGUCUUAGAACAGCAAAGAAAACCAAUUGAUUUUUGCAGAAAAUCACAAGCUUGGAGUUCUACUGUUUCCUUUUCUGAUCUUGAUGAGAAGAAUGACAUAGGAGAUGAUGGUGAUUAUACAGAUUCAAGGCGAGAAUUAGAACCUCAAAGCGUAGACCCCAAGAAGGGCUGGGGAUUCCGUGGUGUUCACAGGGCUAUAAUAUGUGGUAAAGUUGGACAAGUGCCUGUGCAGAAAAUUUUAAGGAAUGGUCGUACAGUGACUGUUUUUACCAUUGGAACUGGUGGCAUGUUUGACCAGAGGUUAGCAGGGGAUGAUACUCUGCCAAAGCCAGCUCAGUGGCAUCGGAUAGCUGUUCAUAAUGACCAGCUAGGUGCUUUUGCUGUUCAGAAGUUGGUGAAGAAUUCUGCAGUAUAUGUUGAGGGUGAUAUUGAAACUAGAGUCUACAAUGACAACAUUAAUGAUCAAGUGAAAAAUAUACCAGAGAUUUGUCUUCGACGUGAUGGUAAGAUUCGGUUGAUUAAAUCUGGUGAGAGUGCUGCUAGUAUAUCAUUAGAUGAGCUAAGAGAGGGCUUGUUCUAGUUACUUUGAAGGAUCUCAGCACAAGCAGGCCAGCGGUACAGGCUCAGAAGAGAAAAGGGGAUGCGUGCGGCUUCAACGAUGAUGCAGAAAACGGCGAUGCUGCUUCGCCGAAGCGUUAAAUUUGCUGUCGCAGGCAUGUGAACCUUGUCCUGGCUGUCCUUCCAGUCGUAUUUUCAUUAUCAACAUCUUUUAGUAUAAUCUUGAUUAACAACUUAGCGCCCAAAUUCACUAUGGUGUAUGUGGUGAGCAUAUUGCAUCGGUAGCCGCACUUCUUAUCACGACAACACGGUGAUGCAAUGAUAAAUUAUCGUCGAUUUUGUACACGGCUUAGAGCCAGACUGCUACUGUUGUCGCAACUCGCAAAUGCAGCGUUUUUUUUUUUCUGUCGGGUCGUGAGAUUGCUGAAUCUCCACAUGUUACAAGUCUUUCAGAUCCGUUGAUCGUAACAUGAUGGGUCAACAGCAGCAUAGCCCAUGCAUUGCAGCGAGCCAUUUUCCUUUUCUAGUUACUUGAUCCUUUUUGUUUAAUGUUAAAAAUUUAAAUUUUAUCUUAUGUUUAGCGAAAAGAUGUAGCAUGAU